AUGUCUUCAGUCGACGUUUUGGCCAUUGAGGAGGCCAUGAAGUUGGCGUCCCUGGACCAGCACCGGGGCUACGCCCAAGAUCACUAUACCGAGGUUAAGCAGGACCACGACACCGAGUACCUCAAGGAGUCCGAGGCUUCCGCCUAUCAGGUCCUUCGUGAGCCAUUGUGGAACAAAGGCCUUUCAUUUACUCCCGAACAACGUGUUGCCAAGAAUCUCACUGGCCUCCUACCCCACGCCAUGGAGAGCCUCGAGACCCAGUGCGCCAGGGCUAUGAAGAUGAUUCAUAGCCGCCAGACGGGCAUUGACAAGUACCUCUACCUGUCCAGUGUCAAGGCACAAAAUGUCGACCUCUUCUACCGCCUGCUCAUGGACAACAUCCGCGACUUGAUGCCCCUCGUUUACACCCCCACCAUUGGCGACGUCUGCCUGCAAUACUCUACCCUAUACACCCGACCCGAAGCAUUGUAUAUUUCGAUCAAGCAGCGAAAGUCCAUCCGAACCAUGCUUCGCAACUGGCCCUGCCCCAACCCUGAGAUCUGCGUCGUCACUGACGGCUCUCGAAUUCUGGGUCUCGGCGAUCUUGGCAUUAACGGUGUUGGUAUUUCGAUCGGCAAACUAGCUUUGUAUACUGCGGCCGCGGGUAUUCACCCCGCCAAGACCCUGCCCAUCGUCUUGGAUACCGGCACCAACAACGAGACCAACCUCAAGGACCCUUUCUACUUGGGCUUGCGCCAAAAGAGAGUUUCCUAUGCGGAACAGCAGGCAUUCAUGGAUGAGUUCAUGGAGGCCGUGAAGGAGGUGUAUCCCAACAUGGUCGUCCAGUUCGAGGACUUUGACAGCGAAAAGGCCUUCAACUAUCUGGAUCGAUAUAGGAACAACUAUAGGGCGUUCAACGAUGAUAUUCAGGGCACUGGUGCUGUUGUUCUUGCCGGAUAUAUCAACGCCGUCAAUCUGUCAAGCGUUCCGCUGGAGGAGCAGCGUCUCGUCUUCAUGGGUGCUGGUUCGGCCGGUGUAGGUGUUGCAAAGCAACUCGUUGAGUAUUACACUCGAAGGGGUUUGACAGAAGCUGAGGCUCGUGACAAAUUCUUCCUGGUCGAUACCAAGGGUCUGGUCACCAUGGAUCGCGGCGACAAGCUCGCCGAGCACAAGAAGUAUUUUGCUCGUGUCGACAACGCCGGCCAUCAAUUCCGUACCCUGGAAGAGGUCAUCGAGUAUGUCAAGCCCAGUGCGCUCGUUGGUCUUGCCGCCACCUUUGGUAUCUUCACCGAGUCCGUUGUCCGAGCCCUCAAGGCUUCCGUAGAUGCUGGUGGUCUCGGCCGCCGGCCCAUCCUCUUCCCUCUCAGCAACCCUCUGACCAAGGCUGAGUGUACUUUUGAGCAAGCCGUGCAGUGGACUGACGGUUCUGUCGUCUUCGCUUCUGGUUCUCCUUUCAAUUCCUUCACCCUCAAGGGAAACAAUGUAUACGUCUUCCCUGGCCUGGGUCUUGGUGCCAUCCUAUCCAAGGCAACUCGUGUCACAGACGAGAUGGUGUAUACAUCCGCUGCGGCGCUUGCUGGAUCUCUCAACGCUGAGGAAGUCCACCAGGGUCUGAUCUAUCCCAAGAUUGACCGAGUUCGUGAUGCUAGCAUCAUUGUCGCCCGUGAGGUCAUGAAGGCGGCUCGUCGUGAUGGCGUAUCUGAGCUCCCAGAAUCACUGUGGAUUGAGUGGGAAGAAUGGGGUGAUGUUGCUCUGACAAACUACAUCAAGCAGCGUGUAUACAAUCCCACUUCCUUUUCGGAAGCCAAGGGGCGAUUGUAA